UAAUCUUCGACUCUAGCGGAAGGGUUAGCAGGCUCGAUUCUGCAAUAGAAAAAGAUUUGCACUGAGAGAAGACCUAAGGUUGCAGUGGAUAUUCGUGUAGCGUAAGCCGAUAUUAUUGUUAGGUGGAGGCGACUGAACUAUUGGCUGCUGGGGCUAGGAUGUCAGUACUGAAUCAGAGUGGAGAGGAGCAGGUGGAAUGUCCCCUGUGUAUGGAACCUCUGGAGGUGGACGAUCUCCACUUCUACCCGUGCACAUGUGGAUACCAAAUAUGCCGGUUUUGCUGGAACCGUAUCCGGGAAGGAGAGAAUGGUCUGUGUCCGGCUUGUCGCAAGGCGUACCCGGAGAACCCGGCAGACUUCACUCCACUCAGUCAAGAGCAGGUGGCCGCGAUAAAGACGGAGAAGAAGGCGCGCGAACAGAAGCGUCGCAACAAGACGCUGGAGUCGCGGCGCGCUCUGGCCAAUGUGCGCGUCGUGCAGAACAACCUCGUGUUCGUUGUCGGCCUGCCUGUGCGGCUCGCCGACCCAGAGAUUUUAAAGCGGCAAGAGUACUUUGGCAAAUAUGGAAAAAUACACAAAGUAGUUAUAAACCAAAGUACAGCAUAUGCAGGCUCACAGGGUCCGUCGGCGUCUGCGUACGUGACGUACGUGACGUCAGCGGACGCGCUGCGUGCCAUACAGGGCGUGAACAACGUGACACUGGACGGGCGCGUGCUCAAGGGCUCGCUCGGCACCACCAAGUACUGCGCCAACUUCAUGAAGAACCAGCCCUGCCCCAAGUCAGACUGCAUGUAUUUACACGAACUAGGUGAUCCAAACGCAUCGUUCACUAAGGAGGAGAUGCACGCGGGCCUGCACCAGGUGUACGAGCGGCGGCUGCACAACCAGCUGCUGCAGGCGCAGCGAGACAAGCCCGACGACAAGAACUGCCAUAGCACAGGUAAUUCUAGUACGAAUGCAGAAAAAGGCACUUCAAAAGAUGGUAUUCCGUCAAACACAACACCGACACCAAUGGUCACAUCGUCAAAUAUAAACAUAGUCACUACGUCUAAAUCGAAAAAAGAAACGGCAAAUGGUAAUGGUAACGGCAAAGAAUACGGCAGUAACGGCGUGGGCAGCAACGGCAACAGCAAAGAGGCGUGGCCAAGCCUCGGCUCCUCCCCUCCCGCUGACAGCCCCGCCAGGAAACAGUCCAGUCCCAAACCACAGCACUCUACAGGUAAAUCACAAGAAAACGGCACGUCAGAAUCCUCCAGUCCAACACAGCAACAAAUACAACAGUCUCAAACGAAAAACAAUAAAGAAAAUCACACGGAAACAAAAACGAACAGAUCCCACAAAGAAAUCACAAACGGCCAAAGCAAGAAGAGCAAAUCAGAAAACAAAUCGAAACAAAAGAAUAACAAUAACAACAACAAUAACAACAGUAGCAAUAGCAUCAGCAAUAGCAACAGUACUAGCAGCAGCAACAGCAAUAGUAUUAGUCAAGAAGUCACAGAAGUGGAGCCUGCGGAAAGUACACAAGUAUUCAAUAGCACAGAAAAUCACAGUUCAGUGUUUGAAAGUGAUACACAACAAAGUUACCUGACAAAUGAAUUAGACGAAUUGGAAUCUGAUAGACAUAGCCUUUUAGAAAACCACGAUUUAUUAGACAACAGUGAUCACAGUCUAUUAGACGAUGAUAACACGCAUAAUCUAUUAAACGAUGCCAAUAACGUAGUAGUAAUGAUGCAGACUCAUAGAGAAAUGCUCGCAGGCCUAGUCGAUAAUAAUCAUAUAUUGGCACACAAUAUGAAGUCACCUUUAGCCAAUGGUUACGGACUAUUAGACAGGGAAACUGUUAACUAUUUAGGUAAUGACAGACAAAUUAGUCAAAUUAACCACGGUAUGAUGGAUCAGAACGAAUUGAUGUUACACGAACAGAGGAGUCACAACGAAAUGCUCUUAAGGAAUGAAAUGUUGGCCCGACAACAUAAUGCAUUGGUCGAACAAAAACAUUAUAUGCCAACAUCCAGUAUAGGACUCGAGACUGCUAGUGAAUUAUUAGGUGCUAAUUUUCAUCAAAAUCACAAUAUGCUUCCACCGUUUGGUAUGCGUAUAGACAACUCAAUGGGCAGCGGCAAUUCAAUAUCGGCUAACUCAUUAUCAUCCAACUCUGUACCCGGGAGCUCAAUGAACACGAUGGGCGGGUACAUGAUGCAGCAUCAGCAGAUGCUGCAGCAGAACCAGUCUCAGAUGCCACAGAAUAACCUUGUUAAUGGAUUUGAUUCGCCACAGUCUGCGAGCGAAGGUCGGUAUUUGGCUGAGAACAUGGACAAGUUCUUCACGGACUUCCACAAGGCGCAACAGAUGCGGCAGAUGUUGUCGCGAGAUGCUGAGGAGCGGCGGUAUGCGCACGCGCACGAGCAGCGCUCGCUGCACGCCGCGCCGCACUACCCGCACAACAUGCUCAGUGCUGAACGCCUCGAGAUGGAACACAAGCAGAGGAUGAACACUUUGCGCGGUGCGGGCGGAGAGAACUGCGGGGGGCGCGCGGCAGGUGAUGGUGACGACGACCUCGACUUUGAUCCCUUCAAAGAGACGCAGAAGGCGCUGGCGGAGAUGAUGGAGACAGAGAUGAUGUUCAACACCAUCUCUAGCGGAGACAACAUGGAGCGCGUACAUCGCGCCAGGAUCGCGCCACCACCCGGCUUUGGACACCUCAACGCCUUCGGUAUGGGAGUCCCACCACACCACCAGCAGCACCAAGGUUACAACUCGAACAGCGCACAGAACGUGUUCUCUGAUUGGACGCAGAUGGACCCCGCAAUAAUGUCCACCUCGGUUAGCUUCGGCAAGCAACCCCACGCCCAGUCCCACUCUCAGCCCCACGCCCAACCUCACGCCCAGCCUCAUGCCCAACCCCACGCCCAGCCAGGCCUCACGCCGCAGCAGCAGGAGCUCUUCGCGAGGUUCAACCAGCUCAAUGUGCAACCCAACGGGAUCUCUAAACAUCAGAUGUCAGGCGCGGUGUCAGCAGCGCAGCAGUGGGGCGGCGGCAAGCUGUGGGGCGCUUACAGCAUGCCCAUCCCGCCGGGCUUCGCCCCACCACCCACGUCGCAGCACCCCGCCGAGUGCAUCGACGCCAAGUAGCCCCCUCUACCAUUGCAGCGGAAAUUAUAUUUUCUAUCAAUUAAAUUUAUUAUCUCUAUUCUUCCGUUGGUGACGUGAUCGAUAAAUCUUUGUAUUAAGAGAGCAUAUUUUAAACGAGAGAAAUAUGAUAACAAAAAGGAAUUUGUAAAAUA